UGAAGUCGCGUUCGCGUUGUCAUCAUCGGUCCAAAAGAAAACCUCCUCCGUACACCAAAUUGUGCCGUUUUUAACACACACGCAAACAUUUGUUUUAUUUCCAUGCUUGAAAUACACAACAAAUUUGUUAAAAUUCGUGUUACAGUUGUGCACACCUGUUGCGAGUGAUACAAAAUCUGUGCAACAAGUGGUCUCCAACUAGCUUUUAACACUACUCCAAUAAAGUGCCUUACACACACACACACACACACAUCGACGCGCGCACUCACACACAGACACUAUUCUUACCACACGCACACAAGUGGAUACGUAAGCAACAACAACAAGUUGUGGGCUUCAAGUCCAAUCAGAUAAUUACGCCGAAAAAUGCUAAGCGACGCAAACACGAAAUUUAAUUAAAACUCAAAAUCUCUCCCAGUGAAUGGCAAUAAAACGAUAUACGAUUGAGUGUGAUAAAUGCUGAUCUAACUGUUAAAACUGCCAAAAAUCCCUACCGCGAGGAUUCGUAUCGUGUUUCUGUAUAUGUGAUAAAGGAGAGAUAGAGCGAGAGAGAAGAGAGAGACAGCCUGUGUACGUGUGAGUGCCUUUACAGCAACAACAACAAGUAAAAGAAGAAGCAGAGCAAUAAUAUACAAAUAUAAAAAACAAGUGUAUUUUAAAUAUAGAUAUACAAAGUUCACAUAAGCAGUUAACGGUAACGGAGAAUAUCCACAGAAGACAGGAUUAAAGAGCUUGCAAAAUGGAAUCCAUGGAAUAUGAAAUGGCACGCAACAUGACGCUGCUGUUCUUCCUGGAACGACUGCUGGACAAGGGUGAACCACGCACCGUGCACGAUCUAUCCUGUCAGUUUGGCAACAAGGAGUUCACCAAGGAAAUGCGACAAAUUGCCGGCGGCAGUCAGUCCGGUCUGAAGAAAUUUCUCGCCCAAUACCCAUCAAUAUUCCUGGUGGACGGUGAUUAUGUGCAGGUGAAUGCCUAUCAGCACAGCAGCUCGGAUGAUGGCAACAGCGGCGGCAAGCGGGAUUAUAUCCAAGAGGCUAAAGACUACUUCAAGAACAAGAUGCUCCAAUAUGGCGCCGCUGCCGAGGUGCCCGUUCGCAGUUUGCUCGGGCAUCGGUCGCAGGCAUCGCCACAAGUACGACACAUAUCAGGCCAACACAUCAAGGAGUUUACGGAUUUUCUUAUGAAGCACACGGACACGUUUAAGGUGACGGACGACUAUGUGAUGCUGGUGGGCAGUGAGAAUAUGACGGAUCUGCCGGCCAGAGAUCGCUUGCAUUUGCCGCAAUCGAACAUCGAUACGCGCGGCACGCAGCAAAUGCUCGACUUUUUCGCACAGUGCAUCGAGAUGAAGGGGCCGUUGCUGGUGGAUCAACUAUUUCAUUUGCUAACGCUCAACUUUCCCCAGGAUCAAUGGUUGCGCAUGUUCAAAACGCCCGGCGAUUUGAGUUCGUUUCUGAAGUUGUUCGGCGACUGCUUUCACAUCCAGGCGAAUCUAGUCACAUUGCUGCAGAAGCCCAAGUUGAAUGACUCGCACAUCCAGCAGGCCCAGGCCCGUUCCCGCGAACAGUUCAAUGCGCUCAACAACAAUCAGAAUCCACGCAAGGCGGAUGCAAAUGUGAGCGCUGUGCAGCAGCGCCUGCAAUCGCCGGCGAUGCGCAGCAAUGGCUACAACAACAACAGCAGCAGCAACAAUCAUCUGAAUAACAACAAUAAUACGAUUAACAAUAAUAUAGCGUCGCCGAACUUUAAGCUGAAUGCACCCGUCUCGAAUAUGACGGGGGGCGGCGCUGGUGGUUUUGGCCAGGGUCAAAAUAAAUCGGAACCGAAUUCGGGCUUUGAUAGCUAUGUGCCAAUGUCGGAGCUAAAGCUGGAGAAUCUCUGCGAGAAUAACUAUCCCAGCUCGACACUGUGCUAUGGUCCCAUUGGCACAAUACCACAGCAGCCCCAACAACAACAACAGCCACAACAACAACAGCAACCAUCGACGGCGCCCACGGAGCGUUUGAAUAGUGUAAAUCAAACACUGAAGCAGCGCAUAAAUACGCUGGUCAUCCGAACUCUGGCUGAGAAUCUGGAGAAAGACAAACAAACGUUGGCCAAUCAAAACUCACACGCAAGUCCCGUGCACGGCAGCAACAGCAAAGCGACAGCUGGUGGUGCAACAGCAACAGCAGCCGGUGUUGCAGCGACAACAACGACAACAGCACAGAACAAUGCCAAUUCGAAUGCCGCAACUAGUCAUAGUUAUUUUGUGGGCGACACGUGGAAAAUCAAAGUACUGCAAAAUACCACCGUCAUUGCGAAUGUGAAGCAUUCCACAUUUGUCACCGAGGCGCUGCUCGACUUGGCCAAAGAUGAGAGCAAUAUUGCUGUAUCGCUAGACUGUGAGGGCAUCAAUUUGGGUGUCAAGGGCGAGAUAACGCUCAUCGAGAUUGGCACGGCGCGUGGCGAGGCGUUCCUCUUCGAUGUGCAAACCUGCCCGGCCAUGGUGAGCGAUGGUGGCCUGAAGACGCUACUCGAACACGAUCAGGUCAUCAAAGUCAUACACGACUGUCGCAAUGAUGCCGUCAAUCUGUAUCAACAGUUUGGCAUAUUGUUGCGCAACGUAUUCGAUACGCAGGCGGCACAUGCCAUCCUGCAGUAUCAGGAGAAUGGCAAACAGGUGUACAAGGCCAAAUAUAUAUCGCUGAACUCGCUGUGCGAGCAAUACAAUGCACCCUGUAAUCCCAUCAAGGAUCAACUGAAGCAAAUCUAUCGACGUGAUCAAAAGUUCUGGGCCAAAAGGCCGCUCACUCGCGAAAUGAUGCUGUAUGCGGCCGGUGAUGUGCUCGUCCUCAUACACGAUCAACUCUUUGGCAAUCUGGCGCAACAGAUUAAGCCCGAGAAUCGUGUCCUAUUCUCCGAACUGUGCACCGAGCAAAUACUCAUGCAAAUCAAACCCAACGAGGUUAAGAUACGAAAGAAGCAGCGAAAGGUUAGCACCGAGGUGUCCGAUCUCAAGCAGAAACUGGCGCAGACCAGCAAAAGUAUUGUGCUCUCCAAUCGCGAGAUACGAUUAUUACGUUACAUGGACUUGACGGAGGACGAGAAGGAGCGCCUAAAGGGCUAUUACAAAGUGGCCAAAAAGCUAGAGAAAAUGGAAUCUGCUGGCAAUCCCAACAAAGAUCAAAGCGAUUCUGAGGAUGAGGGAGAACCGAAUGAGAAUGACUUCUUCCCCAGCUUAGAUUCGGUGCCGUCGGACAAUUCGCUGUCGGGCACAUUCUCGCCACGUUUCAGCUCUGAGCCGCCCAGUCUGACUGAAUCAAUGCAAAUGCUGGAGGAGAUACUGCAAAACAAAUCGAUGGAUCGAUUAGCACGCAUUGAUAAGCUCGAGGCCAUAUUGACGACAGCAACAACAUUGCCAUGCGAUCAGAUUAUUACUUCCAAUGCAAUGCAGGAGCAAUUGGGCUCCACCAUAGCGACCACUGAAAAUCUGCAAAUCAUUCGCGAGAAGACUAGAAAUAUGAAGAACUGUAAUUGCCAUGGGGAGCGCAGCAUAACACCCAUUCUGAGAUCGGCGAAUGACAAGCGAGUAGUCAAACUUGUGGAUGCCGAGUCGCAGACGCUCAGCACCGGUGACGUUGUCAUCACCAAGAUCUUUUUCCAGGAUGAACACGAGCGUGCCAAGGAUGCGGUGUUGACAAACAGCAAUACCAAUUCACCGAAGCGUGUCGCUUCAACUUGAAACAAUUUUUACGAAAUGAUUCCUAGCAAGCAAAGUGCAGACAUUAUAUGUAUUAUUUUUUAUUACCAUAAUGAGAGACUCUAUUUGAAAAGAAAAAAACAAAACAAAAGACGGAGUUCUCUACUCUAUUAAAUAUGCAAUAAUUUUUCUAUCCAAUUGAGAAGCAAUAUAUUUUGUGCCUAAAUGUUGAACAUUGCAAUAAUAAUACAUGCUAUAUAGUAUAUUAUUUACUACUACUUCGACUACUUCAGUUGUGUUAACAUAUAUAUAUAUAUAUAUAUAUAUAUAUAUAUGUAUGUAUUUUGGGUUUUUGCUCACUCAUUAAACAAAUUGACCAUUUUAUUUUUAACCAAAAAUUAUAACUCCGAAUCACACUUUUCUCAUCGUGAGAUGAUUUAGAGCAUGUGUUGUAUUCUCUGAUUAUCUAGCAAUUUUUGUUAAAGCCUACAAUUUAAUCGUAUAUGAAAACUCAGCGGAUCAAUCGCUUAAAAUAUAUUUGUAUUAAAUAUUGACUUUAAAAAAUGCAAUGCUUUUUAUUUGAGUUGUGAACAAAAAGCAAGUCUUAUUGCACGACGUGUUGGACCAAUCUGUGUAAAAUCGAAGAAAGGGUUUUAUGUUUAAAGAUAUAGCAAUUUUGUAGAGGUUUCCAAUAAAAAUCCUUGUCGCCAUUUCAACACGAAAAUUUGUAUUUUAACCAUAAUACUUACAAUCGAACACGUUUAUUCAAAUUAAUUUUAGUUUAACCCCAAUUAUAUAAAUCAAAAUUAACAAAAUGCAUAGUCAACAUAAGUAAAUGAUAUUAUAUUGUAAAGAGAACUUAUUGAAAUUGUAUGAUUAUUAAAAAAAAAAAAACUAAUUAAAGAAAAAAUAAAACUUGUAUAUACACAUGUAACAAAAA